AAGGGUGAAAUUGAACCCAUUUGUUUUCGACCGUACAAAGGAACGAUGGCGCUCCGGACUUUAGGUUUUCACUUGGGGCGUUUUCAAGGGAUUUACCGCCAGCUACAGACCCCGUCCUGUGGGCUUCCUGUGUUCGGGGUGCGGGGGCUGCCUGUGGUGGGGGUGGGGAGGCGUAAGAGCUCCGGCCCUGUACAGGUGAGUCACCUGGACCACCUGGUGUUGACCGUGAAGAGUGUUCCAGACACCUGCACCUUCUACUCCUCUGUCCUGGGCAUGGAGGUCAUCACCUUUAAGGGUGACCGUAAGGCGCUGUGUUUUGGGCAGCAGAAGUUGAACCUGCACCAGGUGGGUCAGGAGUUUGAACCCAAGGCUCUGAGACCCACUUCAGGAUCAGCUGACCUCUGUCUCAUCACCGCCACCCCCCUGGAUGCUGUAGCUACACACCUAAAGGCGUGUGGUGUUGAGAUAGAGGAGGGUCCGGUGGAGAGGAGUGGAGCGGUGGGCCCCAUCACCUCUCUCUACUUCAGAGACCCAGACCACAACCUGAUAGAGGUCUCCAACUACCACAGACCAACGGAGACCCAGACCACAACCUGAUAGAGGACUACAACUACCACAGACCAACAGAGACCCAGACCACAAC